AUGACCCCGUGGCAUCGUUCGUUUGUCGUUUUCCUCAUCAUUUCUUGCGGCCAUGCCGCUGCGCAAAAACAAGCUAGCUACCUGAGCUUUCCUGACCAGUUCUUGGUUCCUCAAAACGUCGCUCGUUACGCAGUGGGAAUGAGGGCGCUGGUGUGGGAUCCGCAGCUGGCUCGUUACGCGCAGUCGUACGCGAACCAGAGGCGGUGGGACUGCGCGUUGAAGCACUCUAAUGGGCCGUACGGGGAGAACAUAUUCUGGGGCAGCGGCGGCGGCUGGACGCCCGCACAAGCUGUGGCGGCGUGGGUUUCGGAGCGCCGGUGGUACAAUUACUGGGACAAUUCAUGCGCGGAGGAGGAGGACUGCGGGCAUUACACGCAGAUUGUGUGGAACACUACGCGGAGAGUUGGGUGCGCCAGGGUGAAUUGCUUCGGGGGUAAAGGGGUCUUCAUGACCUGCAACUAUGAUCCUCCUGGGAACUACAUUGGAGAAAAACCUUACUGA